AUGAGAAAAUGGCGCACCAACUUGACCCGAUCCCUCUCUGCAUCUCGUUCAUCUGCCAUCGCCAAGGCUGUCCGAAAACGCACGGUCAGCGAAAUCGUUCGUUCAGACCUAGUGGAAGGAGUGUCGGGUGGAGUGGAGACGAAGGUGGGUGGUGAGGAGGACCUAUCCCCAGUUGUUGCAGUCAACACCUCCUCCUCUGCCGCCGCCGCCGCCGCAGUCGCAGCUGCAGCCGCAGGUGGGGCUGCAGGUGGAGCUGGAGGUGGAGGAGGAAGUGUCGACAAUGUCAGGACGGCAGCGCCUGCAUUCAGGAAGACAUCAGAGGACUUGCAAACAGAAGCACUGGCUACACUUCUGGUGUUGGAUAAAGCGAAAGGAUUGGAGUGUCUCAAGGUCAUGCGAGGCUACAUGGCCACGUGUUGGUGGUUUGUGCAGCCCCUCCUCUUCUGCCUCAUCGGUGCCGACAUUCCGGUGGAGAAGCUGCGUGCCGACACAAUUGGUCGUGGAAUCGCCUCCAUCCUCAUCGCUCUUGCCUUUCGCAUGGGUGCAUCCAUUCUCGCUGUGACACCAUCACCCUUGAAGUGGAAGGAGAGGGUGUUCGUCGCGGUGGCUUGGAUUCCAAAGGCCACCGUUCAGGCGGCUAUCGGUCCCCUGGCACUCGACUCUGCGCGUGCCACUGGUGAUGCCACUCUCAUCAGCUGGGGUGAGCAGCGGCGUAAGUAUGCUCUGUGUCCUGUUCAGUUAACAGCAAUGCGAAAGACUUAG